GUUUGUUUUUCAGUUGAACUUCAGCGGCGAAUGUACGAAGGCAGUGAUGAAGAUGACGCAAUGCCCGACAUGCAGAGGUCUGCCCGAGCUGAAGGCCUGCUCCAACUACUGCAUUACGUCAUGAAGGGCUGUCUCGCAUAUCACUCCGAGCUGGACGCCGAAUGGAACACUUUUGUCGAUGUAAUGGACAAACUAGUGGAACGCCUUUUGGGACCCUUCAACAUAGAAAUGGUCGUUCAACCAAUCAACAUCAAAAUAUCGGAGGCCAUAAUGAAUUUUCAGGAAAGCUCCGCCCAGGUUUCCCAGAGAGUUUUCAGCAGCUGUGGAAAACCCAUGCUGGGGCGUAGAAGACGGUCAGCAGAUCAUGAACCGGAAAACUAUCCAAGGUUUAGAAGAGGUUUGGAGCAUGAAGGUUCCAGGGAAAGCAGAAAUUUUGAAGGUUUAAAGGGUGGUAGGUUUAGAAGGGAGUAUGAUGGUGAACUACGGUUUAGAAGAGAGAACCAAGGUUUGAAACCUGAUUUGGGAAGUGAUUCAAGGUUUAGAAGGGAGUAUGAUGAUUCCAGAAGUGGUGAGGAAUCAUUUAUUCAAGGUUUAGAAGAGAGCACCAAGGUUCAGAACAUGAUUUGGACAGUGAUUUGAGGUUUAGAAGAGAUAACCAAGGUUUGGAAGGUAAUUUGGACUCUAAUCUAAGGUUAGAAGAGCAAACGAAGGUUUGGAACGUGAUUUGGACACAAAUUCUAGGUUUAGAACAGAAAACGAAGGUUUAGAACGUGAUUUAGAGACUAAUCCGAGGUUUAGAAGAGGAAACGAAGGUUUGAAACACGAUUUAAACAGUGAUGAGGU